GCCAGGUGUGUGAGAGGAACGUCCCACAGCUCUUCAGAACUAUGGCUUCCCGUCUGUGUGGACUCUCUGGGACCUCCUGUUCCAGACUGGAGUUCCUUUCGGGUCAUACAGCAGCAGGAAUGCCUCAGCAGGCCGACACAUGUCCUGCUUUAGUCUCAGUGGAUAACAAGCCUCCGACAGUCUGACAGAACAACAGCACUGCUGAGAGGAAAUGAGAGGAUACCGAGGCAUUAAGUACACCUUAUUCAUCUUCUGCUACUUCUUUUGGGUUGUGAGUGCCAUACUUACAGCAGUGGGGAUCUAUGCUAAGAUCGCCAGAGAGAAAGAUGUGGUUGACACCCUGACGGUUGAUCCCGCUCUACUGUUGAUCGUCGUCGGCUCUGUGAUGUUCCUCAUCACGUUCCUCGGAUGUUUCGGGGCGCUGCGUAACACCAUCUGCUUGCUGAAGAUGUUUGUGGGACUCCUGGUGGCCAUUUUACUCUUGCAGAUCGCAGCUGCAUUCGUGGGAUACUUUUUCACUGAUACGGUGAUGGAGAGAACUGAGAGGCUCAUGAUGAAGGCAAUUGAACGAUACAGGGAGGACCAAGACCUGGAGAACGCCAUUGACUUCAUCCAGAAGAAGUUCCAGUGCUGUGGAGUUGAAAGCUAUAAAAACUGGUCCCGUAACGCCUACUUUGAGUGUACUGUACUGAACACCAUGUGUGGUUAUGGGAUGCAGCAGCUGGAGGAGAAACUGGCCCGUCAAGACAUAUUCACCAUCGGCUGCCUGGAUAAAAUUGUCUGGUGGGCCAAACACAAUCUGCUUCUGGUGGCUGGUCUGACCGCCGGCCUGCUGCUGCUCGAGGUCUGCAUGAUAGCUUUGGCUGCUGUUCAGAUCUGCUGGAUAAAAAACGUCCUACAGCGACAGGAAAGAAAAGCAGCUCAAAGCAAAUCGCAGAGGAAGGAGAGCCUCUGGUUUCCUCCUUUUGCAGAGUUUGAUGAUUAAUAAAACCCUUUGUUGAGAAAGUGGGGGAUGCUGUGUUUACACUGUGAAUUUAUAGGUUUGAGCUGUGGAUUUGAGGUUUGUACAGUGGGUGAACGCAUCGAUGCUGGGCCCCAGGAGGCAGUUGAAAUACUACCUCGUGUAAAGCCCUGAAACUCAGUUUUGUCAUUUUUAUGCAGCGCUCAGUGUUUCUCUUGCUGCCUUUCUACUAAACAGAAUUUAUAAUUCACCAAAAAGAUCUGAGUUAGUCAAAACAUGACAUGAACAGAUAUGUUUUUUUAUAAUGUGAAAAUGUUUCAUUAUCAUAUCAUGUGCAAGCUGUUCUUUGGUCAGUGAAAUAAGUCAGUCAGCCUCGUUCUGUCCAGUGUGAAGGCUUGUAAAGCUUAAAGUAAGCAUAGUUAAUGCUGUGAAAGCCUAAUGUAUUUCUAAAGCUAUCCAAGUACAUUUGUCGCUCAGCCCACUCUCCUGGCUGACUAAUCUCCCCGACCUCCUGAUGCCUGCGUUGCAUGUUUAUCAGCCAGGAGACUGAAGUUUGCGUCCUGUUUGUGGGACCUUCUGCAGCCUUUCAUCCCACUUGCUGUUUUGUUUUCAGCCGCCUGCACUAAAAGCUACUCGGUUUGGGCUUGUGACUCUGGAUACAAUGUGACCCUUUACACUGAGGAAUGACAAACGCCAAAGGACACCUUGUGCAUAACUGAAGCACACCUGCUGCUUUAAUAAAUAUUCAUCAUGCUACAGCCCAGCAAUGAGGAUGACCUGCAUUUGACAUGGGAAAAGAAUGUGUUGGCUGUUUGGGAUCUAUAAACAAGAAAUGAAUGAACAUUGAAAGAAUAUUAUGUGCUUACAAAACUAACUAAAGUCUUUAUUUUGAUCUGUGUUUAUUUGGUUUAAUUUGCCAAUAGAUCCGGCCUGGGGAAGCUUUGGUGUAAAGAGACUGCAGAGAAUGUGUCUGUGAUUGUGUUUGUACUGUUUUAUUAUGAAACUGUUCUGAACCCUUUAUAUCCUAUAAUGUGAUAAAUAAAAUACAUAUUGUGAUAAAAAUAGAUUUAAAAAAAAGAGCUAAAUUAACAAAAACUCUAAAAGCUGUGUUUGUCUGCACGUCUGCUAUUAGCUGUUCAAACAGACCAACCUCUCCCGUCAGGUUGCCAAUCUAUUGCUGGACUAACCCAGAGAGACAAACAUUCACAUCUAUGGCCAGUUUAGGACAACCAGUUAACCUAACCCCAUGCAUGUAUCUGGAACUCAUGCAGACAAACUCCAAACAGAAAGGCCCCAGCUAACCUGGAUUUAAACACCAGGCCUGUGCAGCUUGCCAUCCCACUGCCUUACCUAAGUUUUACCAUAUGGUGAUAUUCUAUACAUGAAUGCUUCUGCUCAAUGUCUUCGAAUGGUUGAUUCUGUGUAUCGUGCUUCUCUGAGGUUCAUCACUAACUGUAAAUUUCAGACUCACCACUGUGAGUUAUACUCUCAGGUAGGACAGUCUGCU